UUGCAGGCUCAGCCCUCCGCUCUGUCACACCUGUAAGCUUUGGCACAGCAGCACCUGAGCAAACUUGCGCCGUUCGGACAGUGGCUGGACUGGAGUCACAUACAGGAGCCGAGAACAGACCUGAGCCACUGCACAGAAGCGGAGGGAGAAUUAGAGAGGGGAGCCUGGAGCUAUCCUGUACCCCUUGGCAGAAGCCAGGAGAGAGUCAGAGAGAAGCCCUGAUCUGAGGGCCAAGCAGCAAGUUCCUCUUGUACCUCUGAGCCUCCCGCUCCCUUCCUUUGCCUGCAGGCCUGGGGGAGAUGAGCAUUUCAUCAGAGCACCGAUCCCUUGGGAAACAAAUCACGAGCAGCCUACAAACGCUGUCACCGAUCGUGGAGUUAAACAUUGGCGGGGAGGUGUACACAACAACGCUAAGCACCCUGAAGAAACACCCUGGCUCCAAGCUGGCAGACAUGUUUACUGGCCAGCCCAAGCUCAGGACAGACACAGAGGGAAGGUUCUUCAUUGACAGGCCAGGCACCUAUUUUAAGUACAUCUUGGAAUACCUCCGCAGUAACCAGGUGCCCACCCAGUGCAUCCAGGACGUGUAUAAAGAGGCAUUGUUCUAUGACAUCGAGCCUCUGGUCAAGCAGCUGGAGGACUCCCCUCAGAUUUUUGGGGAGGUGGUGGCAAGGAAGCAGUUUCUGGCCCGCGUGCCCAACUACAGCGAGAACAUUGAGCUGAUGAUUCGCAUCGCCAGGGCGGAGGCGGUAGCAUCCCGCCAGUCCAGCGUCAUAGUGUGUGUGGUCAGGACCGAGGAGGAUGCAGCCAAGUGUCACGACUCCCUGAAUAACUUGGACAUGGAUAAGAAAUCGGUGGUGAAGUUUGGCCCCUGGAAGGCGACUCCGAGCAUUUCUGACCUUUUGGAUUGCAUUAAAAUGGACAUUGAAGCCAAAGGAUACAAGAUUUCCUUCCAGCCCCACAUCACAGAGAAAGGCUUCCGGUUCAAAUCCUAUGAUUUCUUCUACAAAUUUCUGUUCACCUGGUGGUAGCAAAAGGGAACUCUUGGCAGUGAUUUUUAAACAGCUAUUAAAAUAAAUAGACUUCUGUUGUUUUAAUACAGAGAAUCUCUCAGAGAUCAGAUUCUGGGAUCUGGCCAAACUGCACACCUCACAAGUUGAGAUGUGUGUGCAGUGGGGUGUAAAGCCUCCCCGCCCCCAUGCUAUUCCAAAACUGAGCCUAUCAUGUACAGGCCUGGUCUUCCUGUGUAAGUCAGAGCAGCCUUAGGCUGAUUGCUAACUGACCCGAGGGGCUGAAACCACAGUCGGGACCAGAGCAAUAUAGGGUGCUCUGGCCUCAUCCUCUUUACUCUGAUCUCAUUCUGUGCAAGCAGCCAGGGCUGGGGGUAGUGUUGCCUCUACACCAGCUCUGGGGCAAUCGUCCUGGGACUGAGUUAACCAGAUUUACAGCCAGAAACAGCUGUCAUUGUAGUACAAAGUAGUUGGAGGAUCUGGUACAGAAUUUUUACUGUUGCUACACAUAUACGAUAAUAGGCAAAAAGAACUUGGCUUGGCUUCUAGAUCUCUGGUCGUGUUUGCAGUACUGGGAGAAAAUCAUCUUUGUAAAGCAGGAAAUUAGGUCUGGAAGCGUCACUGAGAGAGAAUAAAUAUGUGAGUACACCAAGUCCUAAGUCUGAAUAUAGCUUAACUCUGAAGGGUACGUCUGCUCUUGGAGCUAGGGAUGGGGUGUGUGAUUCCCAGCUCGAGGAGACAUACCCAUGCUAGGUCUGAUUGAACUAGCAUGCUCAAAGUACAAUGUAGUGAGAGUGGCAGGAGGGGCUAACCGCCCUGAGGACAUACCCCUCCGAGAUCCUAAGAAACAUACUCAGGGUGGCUAACCCAUCACGCAGCUCGCUCUGCUGCGGCUACAUUCUAUUUUUAGUGGACUAGCUCAGCGGGAGUUCACGCAGGUAUGACUCCUUGAGGAGGGAAUCACACGGCUCCAGCUGCAAGUGCAGACAUACUCACUGGUCUCUCAGCUACAGCUGUGCAUGAUCAAUGAUAUGGCUUCAGUUGUAGGAGUUAUAUGAGCACAUGCAACUCAGGGGCAGCUGGUGAACUUUGGGGCAAGUGGGGCAUAGCAGAAACCCCCAGGGCUCCCGCACACCACAAUCCCCCCCC